ACUACCAGGAUUAGCGGCUAGGGCCAAAGGUUUGGCGACCAACUGGAUGGCCUCCUUGGGUGAGGCUGACCAGAAAUAGUGGGCCGACGGUUCGUUCCCCAGCGAGCCAGCGCCCACCACUGCGUGCACCUGCGCUUGCAGUUUGUUGCUAGCCAGGCGACCACAGUGCCGCGCGCUCCCGUAGGCCUCUAAUAAUUCUCCGCCUCAACACCUUUUCGUCGCCGUUCAGCGAGGAAGUGCCCUUUCGUCACAACACCACUGCACUCCAGCCUCCAGAAAGCCGUCCCCUGCCGCUCUGGCUAGCUGCCCCCGUCCGUCAACUCAUCCAGCAAGACACUUUUCGCGAGAUUUUGACGACGCAGCUGUCCGCUGCACCUCAUCGCCCACCAUGAAGGUGACUUUCAAGGAUCUCAAGCAACAGAAGUUCACGCUCGAUGUCGAGCCCACCGACCUCAUCUCAAGCGUCAAGCAGAAGAUCUCCGACGAGCGUGGCUGGGAGCCCAAGCUCCAGAAGCUCAUCUACUCGGGCAAAAUCCUGAAAGAUGAGGAGACGGUCGAGUCUUACAAGAUCGAGGAGAAGGGGUUUGUGGUUUGCGUCGUGAACAAGCCGAAAGAGCCUAAGCCCGCUGGCGAGUCAUCUUCUUCAGUGCCGCCUGCUACGCCUGCUGCCCCGGUCCCGGCCUCAACUCCUGCGCCGCCGGCUGCUCCUGCGCAGUCUGCCACUGCCGCAGCCGCCGCGCCAUCCACACCUACCCCCACACGCACCGCCCCCGCGGAAGCUGCUGCGAGCGGCGGCUUCAACGACAAUGCCCUGACGGUUGGCCCAGAACGCGCCGAGGCUAUUGCGAAUAUGGAGGCUAUGGGAUUUGAGCGAUCCCAGAUUGAUGCUGCCAUGCGUGCCGCGUUUUUCAACCCCGAGCGUGCUGUCGAGUACCUCCUCACGGGAAUCCCCGAAAACCUUCAGCCUCCCCCUGCCGCCGCGCCACGUCAACCUACCGCCGCCGCGACUGCCGGUGCUGCCGCGUCUCCCGCUGCCGCCGGUGGAGAUGACGACGGCCCAGUAAAUCUUUUUGACCUCGCGGCCCAACAAGGCCGUCCGGGGUCCGGAGCGCGUACUGCUAGCGGUGCGGCAGCAGCGGCAGCGGCAGCAGCCGCCGCCGCCGCCGCCGCCGGCCAACAACAAGGCCUAGGGAAUCUGGACUUUCUCAGACAUAAUGCUCAGUUUCAGCAACUCCGUCAGGUUGUCCAGCAACAGCCCCACAUGCUGGAGCCCAUCUUGCAACAGCUUGGUGCUGGCAACCCGCAACUUGCUCAGCUGAUUGCGCAGCACCCGGACCAGUUCUUGAGCCUUCUUAGCGAGACGGCUGGUGACGACGAUGCCCCGCUCCCUCCAGGAGCGCACCAGAUCUCAGUCACCGAGGAGGAGCGCGACGCCAUUGAGCGCCUUGUUCGGCUUGGAUUUACUCAGGACCAAGCCGUCCAGGCGUACUUUGCGUGCGACAAGAACGAGGAACUAGCAGCGAAUUUCCUUUUUGACCAGCCGGAGGAUGAUGAUGGGGGUAUGGACCAGUAAACGCAACUCGAUCUCGUCAACUUUUUUUCUCUCUCGUUUUAUGCAGUUCAUAUUACAUGGGAGGGGACGGCGG